CUCACGUCCCUUCUUUCCCGAGCAUUCUUCCUCCCAUUUCUCCAUGAACGCCGGCCAAACUUCAAGGCCCAUCAAUGGUGAAGCACUCCAGCAAGACCAGUGAACACCGGCAGCCCCAAAACAAAACCUGCAGUUUGAUGAUGACAGAGGCAAGAGAGGAUGGGUAGCUCUUGAUUUCGGGUUGACACGCGCAAGGAAGAAUGAACCUUCUCCGACUACCACUAGCCACGUCCAGUAGCCUUUAGCCGUGAGACCUUCGGAGUUGAGUUCCCCACAAUCCCAGCUCCACUUCUCAACCAGUAGCAGCUCCGGUGGUAGCUGGAAUCACGCAAAUCAAGGUAGAGAGGGAAAAUGGGUAUGGCAGCAAAUUUCCGACCACUUUUCCGGCGAUCCGACCGUCGGAUUGGAAAUCCGAGGCCACCGAUGGACUCAAGACGACGAGAUCUUCGGGAUAGGACUGGUCCCGCUCCGAUCGAACACCGUUUGAAAAAGGCGAUAAUCGGACGGUCCAGAUCGCUUGGUGCGAUUGGAUCGAGGAUAGCUCAUCGGCGUCGGGACUGCAUUUUCAAACAAAUUCGGCUGCCCGACGGCCAAUCUCAGAACGUGGUCAAUAUUACAGUCAAUCCUAGCAUUUUCAGACGUUCUGGACGCGUUCCAGGUGUCAGAAUUGGCAUAGGUGAUCGAUGUCAGCUAUUUUUCUGCAUCCAGCAGCCACAAUAGUCAUCGGUGUACUGUGAGUAAAAUAUUAAUUUUAAUUGUAAUUUCGAUAUUAUUAUAUGUUCAAGUAUGCCCAUGCAUCACUUAUAUGCAUAUAUUUAUGUAGUUAAACUCUAGGCACGAUUUAUGUUGCAUUCAUAACUGUUAGCGUGCCAUGGAUGUUGUUGUGGUAAUUUGGAGCAGUGUGCGUGCAUUGGCGUGCGUGUGAUGUGGU